CCUUGACUUGAGCUGUGCUCUAACCAGCAGCCUCCGACCCACUUCUGAUCUCAGAAGUUGCGCGCAGACAUCGCAAACAUGAUUAAGAAAAUGACACCCUCGGACAACGAGUUCGACAUCCCGGCGAAAAACUGCUACAGGAUGGUGAUUCUGGGAUCUACCAAAGUUGGGAAGACAUCCAUCAUCUCUCGGUUUCUCAACGAGCGCUUUGACGACCAGUAUACGCCGACCAUUGAGGACUUCCACAGGAAGUUUUACAGUAUCCGCGGGGAUGUUUAUCAGUUGGACAUUCUGGACACGUCUGGGAACCAUCCAUUCCCUGCAAUGAGGAGGCUGUCAAUUUUGACAGGUGAUGUAUUCAUCCUAGUCUUUAGCCUGGACAACAGAGACUCCUUCCAGGAGGUGCAGCGUCUGAAGAGGCAGAUACUCGAGACCAAAUCUUGCUUAAAAAACAAGACGAAGGAGAAUAUCGAUGUGCCCCUGGUUAUCUGUGGAAACAAGUGCGACAGAGACUUCUACCGCGAGGUGAAGGAUGACGAGAUUGAGGAACUGGUUGGCGGAGACGACCAUUGUGCCUACUUUGAGGUCUCAGCCAAAAGAAACACUAACGUGGACCAGAUGUUUGGCAAACUUUUCACCAUGGCCAAGCUGCCCAGCGAAAUGAGCCCCGACCGCCACACGAAAGUCUCCGUGCAGUACUGUGAUCUCUUGCAUCGGAAAUCGUUUAGGAACAAGAAGUGCAAGGACGGCGACGCAUAUGGCAUCGUGGCACCUUUCGCACGGCGGCCAAGCGUACAAAGUGACUUAAUGUACAUCAGAGAGAAGGCAACAGGCGGGAGUCAGGGCAAAGACAAGGAACGUUGUGUCAUCUGUUGAUCUGAACACAUCAGAGUUGGUGGACAUAUGAAAUUCUUGUCAAGGGCCAAGGAAUGAGCUGGGAGAGCUCCUGAGCCUGAGCAUCCAGGUCUGAGAGAGCCAGCCUCAGCGAAGGUUCCUGCCGAGGAAGAUGACAGGGGAUGGAGAGGUCAUGGUCCGUGAACAUGGCAUCUCACCCCCGAACUCAGGGUGACAUACUGGGACAAAUGAGUCCCUGCUGGACAGUAUUGACUUACGCUCUGUAUUCACGGAGAAUGUACAAUCCCACCACACGAAUGUGAUAUUGCAUUUGUUUACAUUUUUGCUAUAUUUUGUUAUAAAAAAGGAAGAAAAAAGAACACAAAAAAGACAAAAAUUGUACUUGAAUGCUUCAUUGCAUUAUGAACAAAUGUGAAUCCACAUGAAUGUAUAUUUAUUAUUCUUCUAUGCCUGACGUUUACUUUUCAUAUGAAAAAGUGCUAAUAAUAAACCUGAAAGAAAACCAAACCACUUAACGUGUUCUUUGAAUUUCUUUGC